CGCAGUGGACGCGCCGCGUGCGCAACCGCUCACGGUUAUUCGCGCGUUCCGAAAAUGAAUCGUGUAAAUUUACUCAUGAAAUUAGUGAUGCGCUCUUAACUGCCAGUGUUAUUGUGCUUUAAUGUGCGUGUUUUUUUUUAAAUUUUGAGUGUCGGCGAUGAGAGAUAUCAUCCUCACUGUGCUUUCGUUUGGUUUCGAUCUGUAAAAUCUGUUUGUGCUUGACGAUAACGUUGACAAAUUGGUGUCAAGUUGGAUGAGUGAUUUGUUGUGGAUUUCUGAACUGAUUGCACGCUAAUAACGGAGCACAGGAGGCGCGGUGUAAGGUAGCGUCCACACAUGUGUGCCAGAAAUGAUACCGAUUAUAGUGCGAGUGUGGUGCGAGAGCGGCACAGGCUGGGCACCCACUCACGUGCCGGUGACCCCGCAGACCACGUGCCAAGACGUGCUGGACUGCUGCCGAGAGCCAGGAGACGAGCCCUGUCUCCUGCUCAGCGUCCAUCCUCACCACGGAGUUCAUGUGCUGCGCGACACAGAGUUACCCUUAGAGGUGGCAUUGGCGUUAGGACCAGACGUGCAGUUCGUCCUCAAAUAUGUGGAUUCUGAGACGGGGAGUACGGAUAAGAGCAAUGGUAUGAAGGAACCGGGAUCACCUGAGGAAUUGUUGGGGGAAGGGGUGGAGUUGACCCUGGGUGAGCUGCGCGCGAUGGCGCUCCGUCAGCAACAGCAGAUAGACACGCAGCAUCAGUUGCUGUGCGCUAAAGAGCAGAGGCUGAGGUACCUGAAGCAGCAAGAAGCGAGACAACACCAGGUGGCCGUAGAAGGCGAGCGGUUACGGAGGCUACGAGAACGCGUAGAGGCGCAGGAGUUGAAGCUACGACGGCUACGAGCGCUACGCGGCCAGCUAGAUAGAAACAAGCAAGCGAAUAUCGCCCUAACAAGUGACCUUGAGUCUAUCAGGGCUCUCUUCAAUGAGAAAGAGAAGGAGCUAUCAGUGGCGGUGGCCAAGGUGGAAGAGCUGACGAGGCAGCUUGAGGAACUUAGGAGAGGUCGUGCGCAGCCCGCGCCGCCGUCUGCGCACGAGUUGGACAAGCUUAGGAGGGAGUUGAUGUACCGGAACAAGCUGAAUGAGCAACAAAACGGACGACUGUCAGCGCAGCGAGCAGCGCUAGGCGCGAGGCAGGAGGAGAUGAGAAGCAUCGACCGAAGAGUGUCGGAACUUCAGGCCAGGCUACUUCGGAAGAGAGCCCUCAAUAGACAACUAGCGGCGGCGCAUAGACACCCUCAGCAGCAACAACAGAGAACCAACAACCCGACACCCAUGCAACAGCUCUCAAACUACAACGGCAGCCAACCAAAGAACCAGCAAGCCAGAGGGAACGUCGCGGCGGUGGAGCCUUACAACCAUGUGCCUCAUGCGCAGAGCGUCAGUCAUAAUGCUAAUUUCCAGGCAAUGAAACAGAAUGUUAUACAAAACAAUGUGCCAUUAAAACAGCUCACUCAGAGUGACAACAUACAAGCUCAUUUGACACAACAAGAAGCCCAUUAUUUGCAGCAGAAGCAAAUGAUGAACCCGCUGUACAAUGGAUACCCACACAUACCACCUGGUGAAAACCAAUAUCAGAAUCAGUAUCCAAACAAACACGAGAAUAACGCUUUUAGUCACGUCCAACAGGGUAUCAGCAACGCUUAUGAUCAAAAAGGGAUGUUCGAUCACAUGAAAUAUCCAGAUUAUAAUAAACAACCACAAUAUAGUCCUAAUAGUACAAGCAGUUCGAACAGUAAUCAAACUGGUAAAGAGCUUAAAAUUAACGAACAGGAAUUCCUGCCAGAAUUUGCUGCAAGUAAAUCAGACCCUAAAUAUCAAACAUUGCCAUAUAACACCAAAUUCCCACAAAGUACAAAUGGAAAACUUAAAGCUGAAGUGAACGGAAAGACCAACGAUGAUAAAAACCCUAACAUAAAUAUAAAUCAUAUGACAGUACAUUCUACGCCACUCACGGUUGUGAACAAGAGUCUGGCGACACCUCUAAGUCAAACAGAAAUGACAUAUCCACAGGAACAAACAUAUCAGUUGCAGAAAUCAGACUCCUCGGGUAGAUGUAAUCAAGAGGGGAAAGAGAACCAAGCAUAUCUUCAGAAUUCUAGGCUAAGUCAGAGUAAUAGUCAUAGCACUGAUGGCUCGAAGAACAGUUCAAACAAAAACCAACAAGGUAACGCGAUAAAAGGCAGUUCUCCGAGUUUGGGAUCUAAUACAACAUCUACUAGCAGUUCUAUAGGUUUUGGGAAACCUGUAUCAAGUGUAGCACCCACAACGGUUCAGGUAGCAAGUGGCAAACCAUCACCCAUUUAUCAGACAUCAUCCACAAAGAUCCAACCGGUCCAACCGCAAACCGUUCAAACUCAAAGUAUCACUGCACCAUCAACCAUACAUGUAGCUAGUAACGUGGCAACUUCCCAACCCCAGAUCGUUAGAAACACGGCGUCAGGACUGUCGACCAGUGGAAGCAACUUCAGUGGACAGAAUACAUCACAAAGUAUUCUGCUGUCUCCACCACAAAGUGCCAGCACGCCACUAUCAACACCCGAUGUCAGCGGUACAGAUAAAUCACCUAAACCAGCCUUACCUCCGAAGCCUACAAUAAAGACACCACCGAGACAGUCAGUGAAUACUGAUGUAGGUUUCAACCAAAAUUCAGAAUCCACGCCUUCAACAGAAUCCGAUGAAACUCAGCAGAAUCAAAAAGAUUCCAACAAUAGUAGCAGCAACAAUGAAAUGAUCAUUAAAGCACGUCCACUUACAAUAAGAAAACCACCCAUGAGCGAGCAACCCAAACUACGAAAUCUAAAUACAGCUAAGAACGGAAUAAGCGUCAGUAUCAAUCGUCGUAUAGAGAUGCCACCAGCGUUUUUGUUCCCAGAAAUGGAUCGACUGACUCUAGAUUCCGUUCCUAGCGAAAUGCAGAACGGCCUAAAAGAUAAAACGAAGAAAGAUGAAGUAGAUAAGGCUCUAAAUAAUAACAUAUCGAUGGGUAGUGAAAAGGAUGAAGUGGGGGAUGUAGCUGAGCAGAUCAGUUCUGUCGAUUUGAACGGUCAGGAUUCUCAGGGCACUGAGAAUGUUUUGAGGCGGUCAAAGAAAGGCAAUUUGAAGCAAGGGGGUAAAGCACCGCUGGCCAGGCGCGUUAGUUUUGAUCCGCUUGCGCUGCUGCUUGACGCUAGUUUAGAGGGGGAAUUGGAGUUGGUCAAGAAAACAGCGACACAGGUGCAGAAUGCCAGCGCAGCAAACGACGAAGGAAUCACGGCCCUCCACAACGCCAUCUGUGCCGGCCAUUUCGAAAUUGUCAAAUUCCUUGUGGAGCUAGGCUGCGACGUGAACGCACAGGACUCCGACGGGUGGACUCCUCUGCAUUGCGCGGCUUCUUGCAACAACCUGCCGAUGGUUCGCUUCCUCGUUGACAACGGAGCUUGUAUAUUCGCAACGACGCUGUCUGACCACGAGACAGCGGCGGAGAAGUGCGAAGAGGACGAGGAAGGCUUCGACGGCUGCUCAGAGUACCUCUAUAGCGUACAAGAAAAGCUGGGCAUCAUGAACAACGGUUUAGUCUACGCCGUGUUUUCAUACACGGCUAGUAGAAGCGACGAGCUGUCAUUCAGUACGGGCGCCAGACUACACGUGCUGAGGAAGGGAGACGACAGCGAGCGGGAGUGGUGGUGGUGUCGCGAUGAUCAGGGACACGAGGGCUAUGUGCCCAGGAACUUGCUUGGGUUAUAUCCGAGGGUAACCACACAGCAGGAAUAAAGAAUCAAGAAGCUUACAUAUGACCUGAUAUCUUGUAAAUACUGUUAGCUCUUUUUAUUUUUUAUGUAUUUAUAUCACUGUAAUCUAAAGGACAUAGUGUUGUAUACAAUUUUAUCAGAUCGAAUAUUUUGUAAAUAUUUAAAUAAGUUCAAAACGAAUGAGAUUAUAUUGUACAUUUUAUAAAUACGCGAGUCAUAAUUAAAUAUUGGUCAUAGAGUUUGUAUAUUGUUCUUAGUAUGUCUGGAAUAUUGUGAGAUAUAACUCUAAACUGACAAUACAAAUAAAUCAUGAACUAUU